UUAGAAAAUACUAUCAACAUGAGCCUAAACCAGAGGAGCAUUCAAUUUCAUUGACUGAAUCGGGAUCAUUUUUAGGGUAGACUGAACUGAAAUCUGUUUGAGAAAGUCUCGACGAACUCUGGAAAUCUCUGAACCCAAUAAAGUGUUGCUUUCGCUAUUUCCCCUGAACCUCCCUUAAUCCUUUUCGUCAGAAGAAAGCUUCCGAGCCGACGGCGAUGCAGGCCGGGGGCACCAAGACGCGGUUCGGCCGGUGCCCGUACUGCCGCGCCAUCAUCUGCCAGAACACCGACGCCGCCGUCUACUACUGCAGCAAAUGCCGCACUCCGAUCCGAGGCAAGAACACGGAGCCGACGGAGGACGAAGCCGAGCGCGCUCUGAGCAGGCUGGAGAUCCUGUCGGCCGUCGACACUUCGUCGGUGUACUCUGACGAGGAGCCCUACGCUUCCUGCACGCCAGCUUCGGUCAUCGACGUCGACGGCGACCAGCCUCCUCCGCUAUCGUGUGGCUACAACUCCAACUCCGAUGCGAACAGCCAGGGGAUUGCAGCCUCCUCGCCGUCACCGAACAUAGGCUUCAAUUCGCGAUCGCCCCGGGAUGACACGUCUCGGAGCAAUGGCUGCUCACCUCGCGGCGUCAGCGAUAACCACGUCGGGUCGAACGACCGACAAGGUGAGGUUCGAUCGGUGAAGAACCGCGUAGCUGAGCUCCGGGCGUCGUCUCGACGGACGAGGCGGGACUCGAGCGCUUCUGACCCGAGCAUUCUACGACGAAGGGACUUUUCUGUCCCGGAUCAAGAGGAGGCGCCAAGAAACUCCGGGGAGCAGCAGCUCCGGCGAUCGGCGCUGAGCACGAGGGAGAUGGGGACGUCUGCUAGCAUGUCCGGACUGGAGCCAUCCGCCGUCAAGGCGUCGCCAUUGACUGAUCCGGCGUUCAACAGGGACCUGCUGCACGCGCUGGACAAGCUCCGUGGCAUGAUCGUCGCCAUCCAGCUGCAGCCGCCGCAGGCGAGCGGCAGCGCGAGGGGCGCGAUGACGCGACGCGAGUCCCGCCUCUUCCGUCGGAUGGAGUCGCAGCUCGCGCGGGAGCUUCCCGCCGCCUACGGGGAGGCGCACGAGCCGCGCCGGAUGUUCCGGAAUCAAGCGAGCACCGGCUCCGCCUCGUGGUCGUCGGCGUCGUCGUACAGCGGCCACGGCGCGAGGUCCCGUAAGCGCCACUGCUUCCCGGUCCAUGGGGCCGCGCCGUUCGUGGUGUGCGGCGAGUGCUCGGAGCUGCUCCAGGCUCCCAAUUCAAUGACGGCGUCGCGGAGGGGGGUCACUAAGCUGCGGUGCGGCGGGUGCGGGGAAGUACUCGAGCUGAGGUCCGCGGGUAUCGCUGCCCACGCGCGCCGGGGCAGCAGGGCGUCCGGCUCCGGCAGUCGCCACGGAUCGAAAGAGAUGGAACGCGCGGCUAGCAGCAGCGGAGGCUGUGCCGCCGUUGCUGCUGUACCGCGCAUUGGGGUUCGAUUCGAUGAGCCCGCUUCUGCAGAGCCAGCGGUACUGAAGUACAGAAUGAAUUUGAACCGGGCUGGCUAA